AUGGCGAAGAGCGCAAGAGCCAGUUCCAGGAAGGUGAACAACCAACGGUUGAAGACCAAUGUCUUCGGCCCUGUCGAGUCGGCGAGGGCAGAGCGUCUGUCCGCAAAACUCAUGGAACUUGCCAAUCAACCGAAGCCUCAGAGGGAUACGGAAAUGAAGGCGGAUGAUCUAGAAUCCAAUGCUGGCGAAGACACCGCGAAAGAGACUGCAGAAAGCACAGAAAUGGAUGUCGACUCUGCUGCAAACAAGGCCGAAGUCCGACGCACAUCGAAGAAGCUCCUCAUGUUGAAGAAGCGGCGCAAGUCCAACAUCGUCUUCCCCAAAUACGGCGAUAGGAAAAUCAAGGGUCGGAAAUAG